AUGUUUGUUCUGGUGGAUUCAACACCAGUCUUUCAGCUCGCUAGAAAAGAGGCCAUUAUCAAAGAAGCCGGCGUCGGCCAUUUUCAAGUUGGAACGCCGGUGAAUGAUAUUCUGGUUGAGGGGACCGACAUUGUGAUCACCGCGAGCGUCGCCACUGUCAUCGCAGUGCGUGCCGCGAACCCCGAUAUAUAUAUAGUGGGGAUUGCUCCGGAGGCUCGACUCGACGAGUUUAAGGCGGCCGGCGCGACAGAGUGUGUACGGGAGUUUCUGGACGUCGGAGAGAGUUGUUCUUCAGAGGAUUCGGAAGAUCCUUCUCCAGUCACCGUCUUCGGCAUCAGGAAGGGUGAGGCUGGAGCUGACUUCGUCGCUGAGUCCACCUCUUUGAAGUUUCAGUGGCCACCUUUUGUUGAUGGGGUCUGUCAUUCUGGUGAUCCUUCAAGUGGUGAUAAUAAGGUCACCGUGUUUCAUGACCGGAGCUGCCAAGGCUGUCGGAAAGGUCCUUCCACAGCUUAA